CUGUCUGGUUUCUUUGGCAUCCUUGUCAGCGGGGAGUUUUACUCAUCAAUCGAAAAAAUGGAAAUACUGGGAGAAAUGGAGGAAACGCUGGUCGAAGCCACGCGUUCCUAUCUGGUACAGCAGCAGCAACAGCUUCAAUUGUUAAGCAGUUUCGUGGAUCAUAUAAGACGUGAACAUGCCUCAGCCAGUGAGAUGCAUGAGCAGAAUGAAGAGUACUUGGAACAACCCCUGCAGGCAUUUAGACUGAUCAAACGACUAGUUCUAGACUGGAAAGACCUUAACCAUUUACUGGCUAUGAAUGAGUUGAAAGCAAAUUAUCGCAACACGUUGGACGAGAUGGCUAAAGAAGUAGAAGUUUUACCAAAUCUAGAGGAACUACAAGGUGCAAUAAAGGGCUUAGUGCGUCUGCAGAGUGUGUAUAAUUUAACAGCAAGUGAUUUGGCCGAUGGUAAUCUUAAUGGCAAAAAAACGGACAGCGCACUAAAUUGGCGCGACUGCUUUGAGAUUGGUGUACAACUAUAUGAAAUGGCCGAGUACAAAAGAGCUCUGGAGUGGUUAGUUCUGGCAGAUAAAUUGCUCGAUGAAGUACAAGGGGAUGACACACUUAAAAUGGCAACAGAGGUAUAUGAAUAUUUGGCACUGACCUAUAUAGAGUUGGGUGAAAAGGACACAGCACAGGAAACGUUGACAAAGCUGCUGACCUGGAACUCAGCACGUCCUACGCAAAAUAUACAAGCACACCUGGAUCACAGAAUGCCCAAGUGUCCCAUUAAGAAGGAAGACUCUGAAUAUUUUAGCGACUACGUGCGACUUUGUCAGGGCAAGCGACUGCCAGAGAUUAAAACAAAUCAAAGUUCUCCACGAUGUUAUCUGGACUCCAAUCGACAUGCAUAUUUCAAGCUGUCGCCAUUGAAAGUAGAGCAGGUGAACCUCGAUCCCGACAUAAACAUCUACUAUGGCGUGCUCAAUGAUAAUCAGAUAAAGUCAAUAUUAAGGUUAUCUGAUGAACUUGAUAGUUUUCGCUCCACGCACAGAAAAUAUGUGAUCAGCGAUAUGCGGAUUAGCCAACAGGUGUGGCUAAAUUACAGCAGCCCCAUAAUGAGGACUUAUCGUCAAUUAGUAGGCGCCAUUUCCGGUUUCAAUAUGACUAAUGUCGAAAUUAUGCAGCUUGCCAAUUAUGGUAUUGGCGGUCAUUACGAACCCCAUAUCGAUUAUAUGGGCAGUCCUCUACCCCCUUACUAUGCAAAGCGCGGCGAUCGCAUCAGUACAAGCAUGAUAUAUCUCUCGGAUGUGCAGCAGGGAGGCUAUACGGUA